CUGCAUACACCUGUGGUCCGGAGUUUUGAUUUCUCACCAACCACUGCUUCUUUGACAUCCUUAACAAAUGUCACGUAUGUCGACAUUUCUUCGCGGGCGGAAGACAUUCAAGCGGGGUUGAUCGACACAUUUCUCAAUUUGGAGAAAAUCGACAAGAAUCUCUUCCUUGCACGCCAUCUACUAAAGGGGCGAAAUUCGUUGCCUGUGGUUUACGGUGGGCAAGUUAUUGGACAGGCUCUUUCUGCUGCGACUGCAACCGUUGGCAGUGGAUUUCUACCAAACAGUCUUCAUAGUUAUUUUGUACAAAGCGGUAAUGUUCAUAUGCCUAUCCUCUAUAUGGUGGACCGCAUUAGGGAUGGACGCAGCUUUUGCACUCGAUUGGUAAAAGCCGUCCAGAAUGGGGAUGCUAUCUUCACGGUUCAAAUCUCUUUUCACAAGCCGGAACCUGAUUCCAUAUCACAUCAGUUGAAGAUGCCAGAAGUGGUUGGGCCAGAUGGACUUUUAGAUUGGAACCAUCUGAUGGAGGAGGCUGGCAAGAAUACCCAUCUUCAUCCAGCCGCCUCGGCUAUGAUUCGCUUCAAGCGCAAGGAGAUCCCACCUGCGUUCUUCAGGAUUUUCUCAUUCCGUCCAGUUGAUAUUAAUUCUUUUCUCUUCCAACCGUCCUUAACCGAUGGGAAUAAAGUACCUGAUCAAGAAAGUUUCCGCUCGUAUAUGUGGAUCAAAGCCAACGAAAAUAUUGGUGAUGAUCCUCGUCUUCAUGUCGCUGCAGCAGCGUAUAUUUCAGACGCAACAAUGAUAGAGACUGCUGUUCGCCCUCAUAGUAGAAUGGGCUUCAUUCCAUCAAUGGCAUUAACACUGGACCACUCAAUUUGGAUGCACAGCGACCAGUUUCGGAUUGAUGAUUGGUUGCUUUAUGAGAAUCACUCCACUAUAGCUAGCGGUGCACGUACUUUGAUAGAAGGUAAGUUAUGGACUCGCAAUGGUCGUCUGGUUUUCUCGACUGCGCAGGAGGCUCUCAUUCGUGCACCUAGGAAGGACAAUCCCAUCCAGAAUGGCGACUCUUACUAA